AUGUCGCCUGUGGGCUACGCAGCCGGCCUCCUUAUGCUGCAGUCGUUGGAGAGUGGUCGCGGGCGUUUCGUGAUCCUGCACUGGAAAGGGUGGAAAUGGAGCUGGUCUCUGCACGCUUUAGUUUGUCUGACUGUGUUUCUGCUUUUGAUCCAGGAGGUACCUGCUAUGGCUGAGGGAGACGGCCUCGUUUCAGUGGAUUAUGAAGUGUUUGGGAAAGUCCAAGGAGUGUUUUUCCGCAAACACACACAGGCUCAAGGGAAAAAGUUAGGUGUGGUUGGCUGGGUCCAGAAUACAGACUAUGGCACUGUGCAAGGACAGAUCCAAGGCCCUACUUUCAAAGUGCAGCAGCUUAAAGAGUGGCUUCGGAAGACAGGAAGUCCCAAGUCCCACAUCGAAAAAGCGGAUUUCCGCAAUGAGAAGAAGAUAACCAAACUAGAAUAUAGUGACUUUUGCAUUGUGAAAUAAUAAGAGCAUUACAUAUAGGAGAAAAGAUGGAAG